AUGAAAAGGUCCAGACUUUUAAUAACAUGGGAUAAUAUAGCGUUUAUAAUAACGCUAUCGUUUGUUAAAGACAACGUUUUAAAAACGCUAUGGAAUGCAGUUUUUCUUGUAGUGAUUGUUGAUAUUCUCGAUCAGGCGCGUCUCUUUGAUGCUCGCACUGUUGAUACCCCUCUUGAGCUUAAUGCCAGGUAUUCUUCAUUUGAUGGUGUUGCCUUGUCAGAUCCCUCUCUAUAUCGCACUCUGGUUGGUAGCUUAGUGUACCUUACUAUCACCAGGCCAGACAUCGCUUAUGCAGUUCACAUUGUCAGUCAGUUUGUUGCAUCUCCCACUACCGUUCAUUGGGCAACUGUGCUUCGUAUUCUUCGAUAUCUUCGGGGAACUCAAUUUCAGAGUCUGCUUUUUCCAUCUACGUCAACAUUAGAGUUACGUGCCUACUCAGAUGCAGAUUGGGGUGGUGAUUGUACUGAUCGCAACUCUACCACUGUUUUUUGUAUAUUUUUGGGAGAUUCUCUUAUUUCUUGGAAGAGUAAAAAACUGACUGUUGUCUCUCGAUCAUCUACAGAAGCAGAAUAUCGUGCCAUGGCCUCCACAACCACUGAAAUUGUUUGGUUGCAUUUCCGAUUUGUUUACGAAGGCUCGUACUAUUUAUCGUUUUCGUUUCUUAGUUAG